CAAGAAUUUGUUUGAAGCAUCCUCGGAGGUUAUAGGAACGUCGCCGAACAAAAAUCGAGAGUUCAAGAUCAAGAUGUUCGUGGAUCAGGAACAGCAUGGCGGAUCCUCCUCUUCCUCCACGGCCCAAGGAGCAGCCAACGACCGCCGGCGCCACGCGUUCAAACAGGGCCAGUACGACAACGAUACCGAACGGUGGCGGCGCGCGGACUCCCAACUCCAGCUGCGCAAGCAGGAGAAGGCCCAGCUACUGGCGGAGAAACGAGCCAAAAUGAUGUCCAUCUCCUGUGGUCCCUCGGUGGAGCACUUCGGAAUGAUGAUGACUACGAAUAGCAACAAUCCCAACGAGUGCUUCGGUUGCUCCAGUUCUUCAACAAGUGCAAAUAACCCCUUGUUCGUUUCUAGGUCCUUGAACAGCAACCCCAACCCGCACAGCUCUGCGACGGGAAUAAGAUUGGGAGAUCUAGUGUUGCAAAACGCGGAUUGCGGUUCGCAGGACAGCUGCUCUUUUCCGAACAGCCAAGAGAUGAUGAAUUGCGGCAGCAACCACAACGUGUUACUCGAUUCCACGCCGCGGCACGGGGCGAGAAGUUCGUUUCACUUGAGCACCAGCGAGCGGAAGGCGAGGUUGCGAGAGGACAGGGUGUUUCACGUCAGGGAAAAGUUCCGACACUAUUUAGCUGCGAACGUGAUUGCGGGACAACAAUUUCAAUUACAUCACGAUCAAGCAGGGCUGACGUCGAACAACCCGCAGAAUAAUUAUGGAGGCUCUUCUUCUUCCUCCUCCUCUUCUGGUCGUGGUAACCCUAAUACAUCAAUUCCUUCCGGCGGCGGCUCUGGUAGUAGCUCUGGAACCGCCGGAGCCGCUCCAUCAUCUUCUUCUAGUACUACCGCCGCCGCAGCCAUACCCCCAACCGCACAGUUGAAUCUCGCAACCAUCGUGACCGGCUUGGUUUUAUCCUGCUGUGUAAAAGUAUCGUAGUACGAUAUGGAUGAAGAUGCAAUUGCUUCAUGACAAGAAGUGCCACCUACUUUUUCAAUUUGGCCCAGCAUUUUUAGUUCAGCGUGUCGUGAGCGAUUUCUUUAUGCAAUUUGUACUUUUACGAUGCUUUUGCAAAGCAUAGGCGUCUACGUUCGAUGCAGAGUUUCAGGAGUCUUGCAUCCCAGCGGACACCUACCUGAUGCAGAGCAUCUGCACGCCCCCGCCACUGGUCGGGACGACUGCCACGAGCUCCUCCUCCUCUACCACCAGACAUCAAGCGUCGUAUUUGAAACUGAGCGAGAUCACCGACAUAGCGGACCACGUGACGCAGCUAGCGGAGCCGUCGUUCUGCGGGCUUUCGGCGGCCGAAAGUGGGUGUAACAUUUUGUUGGAUGAUGAGGACGGGAUGGAAGCGGGCGGUGGGGCGACAGGCAUGGGGACGAUGAACUUACGACGCGAACUGGACAUGAUAUCGGACUCUCAAACGUUACAUUCUCAACUGUUACAUUAUUUGCCAUGCAAAAUUGCCAUCAGUAUCUACAUGAUCAAGCUGCUUCGCAUGACAAAUUUUCGAAGAGCCAAACAGGCUGAGAGUCUGCGCCAAAUCUGUCAUGCGAGACGCGCUAGGUCUCCCCUUUCACGUUUGCCAUUCUUGCAUCACAAAUUCAUGUCGGUUUAGCAUCACAAAUUCAUUUGUAACAGUUGAGAAUGCAACGUUUGAGAGCGCCAUACAUGACUGACGACGGAGAUGUUGGCGGUGGUGGUUUUUUUGGCGGACCAAGUGGAGCAGGAGCAGCCUCGAAUUCGGGCGGCUCGACCCAUGCAGCCGGUACUGCCGAAGAUCCUAGUCUCGAUUUCGACCGAUGGCGCAAGUACGCCCAGUUCCUGCACUUGCUGUGCGAAUUGAGGAAACGCCUCGCCACCUACUCGUCUACCACGACUGCAUCUUCUUCCUCUUCUUCGAUAUGGGGUUCUCAAACGUCGUUACAUGCUCAACUGUUACAUGAUGAAUUUGUGGUGCAAGAGCAGAGAUGAAAAUGAAAGGGAGGAUCUCGCAACUCUAGCAUCACAAAUUUGGCACAGAUUUAUUCCAUGCUGUUUAGCCCUUAGGGAAUAGCAAUUUGUCAUGCGCAGCCACUUGAUCGUGUGGCUGCUUAUGGUAGUUUUGCGUGACAAAUCAUGUAACAGUUGAGAAUGUAACAUUUGAGAGCGCCAUAUUCGAGCAGUGCUUGUUCUAACGACCUCCAAGGGAAGAACCACUAUGCUGUGCAAAACUAUCGUACUCGUAUAAAUGCAUUACAAAUUUUGAUUGCCCCAGCAUGAGAAAUAAAAUUUUUAAAGCGGAUUUACCUUAAGAAGAAUAUUUCAGGAUUGCAAGAAUUACUACGAGAAAGUACGAUACUUUUGCAGAGCAUAACCACGGGGGAGGUCCAAUCGUCGGUGUUUCGGGCUUGAGUACCUCCAGCACAAGUAGUUCGACUGCGAACAACAUGAUCAAAAAUUCAUCAAACGGAAAUUAUGGUACUAGCAGUUCCAGUUCCUCCUCCACGACCACAGCAACCACUACUAGCCACGAGCAGCACGCCCGGAAUCAGCAGUUGAAGCAGCAACUGAUCGACAUCCUACUCCGCACGCUCGCACGAUCCUUAGACGUGAAAGCGCAAUUCGAGGCGUGUUGGGUGUGCUGCAAUCUGGUUUCCGGGAUUCUGUCCAAGACGAAUCUGAACGUUGUUGGCAGUAGUACAAUCGGGAGCGGUCUUCACAAUAAUUUUCUCUGUGGUAACAUGCCGUUGCUCCCCAACACGCUAUCUACCUCCAGCACGACGAGUUGCUCCGCUGCAGAUCAACAUAUGAACUGCAAAAGUAUCGUACAUACUAGUAUAUAUCGCAUGACAAAUUUCCUGAGCGUGAGAAAUGAGAUUUGUAAUGCAGAUUUGCCUUGACAAAAAAAUUUGUAAUGCAAGACCUGCAUUUAUACGAGUAAGUACGAUACUUUCGUACAGCAUACAACAUCUUCAACAGCAAGUUGUCCAGCAGGAUCAUGGUCGUGAACAAAUUCCGUUCGAUAUUACAAUGAAAAAUGCCCCCACCCCCGAACUUUAAAGCAUUUGUAUUGCAAACCUUUCCAAAUGAAACAUUCGCCCUCUUGCAUGUAUCAGCAUCACAGAUUUCCGAUCGUGAAUGGCAAAAAUUUGUAUUGCAAAAGAUCCCAGCAAGAGCGGUGCUUGUCAUGCAAGCGAUGCGAAACACCGCUAGAAUCUGCAUCAGAAACAAGAAAGAUUCAUACUCCUUUCAUGCAUGACAAAAAGUUUUCAUUUGGAAACUUCGCAUCACAAAUUUUUGUAACUUUGGGGGUGGGGGCACUUUUCACUGUAAUAUUCGAUCUGCACGUGGACUUCACGAGGGACAGCAACUUCGAACCAUUACCCCAGAUCCUGGUUUCCGUGAUGCACAGUCGUUCGGCGUUGAGUGUUACGAACUGCAAAAAUAUCGUACUUGUAGAAAUUGCAAUACAAAGUAGCUCAGCAUUACAAAUCAAAUCUGUAAUGCGGAUUUGCCUUAAGAAAAAGAUUUGUAAUGCAUAAAAGCAAUUAGUACGAGUACGAUACGUUUGCACAGCAUAAGUCUCUGCCUGUGCGAACAACUGAUAUGGACCAUGGGAAAUCUCGUCGCGGACCCGGACGUCCGAUGGCGGGACAAGCUACUUCACCUCCAAACGGUCCCGAUGUUGCACGCGAUUCUGCAGCAGCACCCGCCAACGUGGACGGCGACGGGGCGACUAAAGGUGCUGCGCGUGUUGUUCUGGGUGCUGCAGUUGCUCUGCCGGGGCCGACCAGCACCGAGAUUGGGAGAUGUAUCACUCAAGAUCGAUUUUUUUUUUCGUAAUUUAUUUUCGUGUCAAUUUACGAUACGUGUUCAGAAGUAGAAGUAGCUCCAGUCGACCUCGUCCUAGUUGCUGUGCUGCGGGACGAGCAGUUAUUUCGUCGAAUAAAUAUAUCUUUAUCUCGUCCUUGCAAUCUAACAAAACCUCUACGUAGGUUUCCCCUCUGUUCUCCAUUUUUGCGGAGGCCAUUGCCCACCACGUGGAUCUGCGGGUCACGCUGGACGCCGUUUCCGGCUUGCAUCACCUGAUCAAGGGCUGCACUUCUUCUGCCGAUCCAAACGACCGCGAAGAGCGGUUUCAGCUGCUGCGGCACGCCGCGGCCUCCUGUGCUGGAGAUAAUGUGAACGCACAGACGAAUCUCGAUGGAAACCCCGUGUCUACACCGCUCGUCGCGGUUGUACCUAGUAGUAGUACAACUUCAUCCGGCGGGUUACUGAUGAACCCAGGUUGUACAGUAUCAAACGCAAAUAUGCCACCUGGGUCUGGAAAGGGUCGUAAACUUCAACUUGUAUUGCUUGUCCAGGACUCCAGAAAAAUCUGUAUUGCAUAAAAGCAACAAAAGCGCCACUAUUUCGCCAUGAAAAAGCGCAGUUUGUAAUGCGCACUGAGCAUGUAAAAGCGUUUUAAAAAUUUAUCAUGCAGUAUUGCACUUAAAGGCGGUUUCACUCAUGACCAUUCAGCAUUACAGAUUUCCCGACCCAGACAUAUUUGCGUUUGAUAUAAAACAGCGACGGCGAGUAACAAUAACUCUGCGCAGCUGUUGAAGAUCCUCUGCAACUUUCUUCGUUUCGGGGAUCGCUACCAUCCGAGAAUUAUCAAAUGCAAAAAUGUCUGGCUCUGGAAGAGUGCGACUUGUGAUGCUGCAUCUGGAUUCCAAAAAAAAUUGUAUUGCAUAAGUAGCAAAGGGAAAAAUGUAAUUUUUGCUAUAGGGCAUUUGUCAUGCGAAAUAGGCAUCGAGAACCCCUCGAAAAAUCUGUGAUGCUACGGCAUGCAUCACAGACAUCAUGGCUCAUGCAAAACGUGCGUGAUAAGUCUCAGAAUCUCCCAGAGGACCCAGACACUUUUGCAUUUGAUCAGAAUUGGCGGUGUGGAAAGGGUGAAUGAAGAGAAGCGCGAGCAGUGGAAAACGCACUUUUUCGCCGAGCAGAGCUCGAAGGAACAGCUAGAGCAGGCGCAGAGAGCAGGAGGGGAUGCUGGCGGAGGAGCGGCGUUGGGCGGUGGAGCUAGUACUGUGGUAGCUGCUAAUAAUCAGCUCAUUUCCACCAACUUGCAGCAGCACCAAAACGCGACACAGGCGUCGGGGGCUUCGUGGGCGAACCAGCUGCAUGGCAACAUCGUAGCUCCACCCUCUAACGGCGCUGCUGGGACCACUACACUAUUGAACCGACCCCGCAUCACGCAGGAGUUGGCGCACCCUUCGCAAGAUCCGCCCCCGCCCGACAAACAUAGGGACAAUAAUUUUUUCAAGCUCGACACCAGUCCCAGCCCGAUUUCCCCGGUCAGGAACCGCUACCGCCAGCACCGGUCAUUUGGGUCCUCUCUCGGGCGGUUUCACUUUUCCUCCUCUCCGAUCGGGAACAUGAGCAACAGCUCGCUGGGAAACAGCAAUCCGAACCCCAUGAAGGGGAUGCUGAACAAUGGGCCCAACAGCGAGGACAACAGCCUCUGCUCGCAACUCGACCACCGCAUGUCGGUGGCGAGUAACCACAACAUGGACCAACAAAGUGGUUCCUGCGCCGGCAGCGGUGCUACUAGUAGCCAGCCGUUCAUUCCGCAGCCAAGUCCACGGAAUUUGUUCGGCGGCUUGAUUCAAGCGAUCGGUAAGGAGCAGCACGACCGGAAUCUCAAACGGAAGCUACGGGCGAACAACAUCCAAGUCAUGAACGCCAGCCCGAUGGACGAUAACUCGCAAAACGAGAAGUCGGUGGAUCAAGCCAUUAUGAAUUGCAAAAGUAGAAGUACAAUCGUGAUUGCUGUAAUUGAAAUUAUAUGGAAAAAUUAUUCGCAUUUCUGCAUUACAAAUAAUCUUUCUUUCGCUGAAUCAGCAUUACAAAUUUCAGUCCUCACUUUGGAGGGAUGAAAAUUUGUAUUGCAAAAACCGCUACUGGUACGAUACUUUUGCAAUGCAUAGCCACGCAGGAGCAGCUCGUCGCGGAAGUGUUUGAGGAGGACAAUUUUGACAGCAGCUGUUCCAUUAUCCCACAGAGAAAAACCUAGCAGGGCAUAUUUGUAUAUGCAGAAAUGAACACACACAGAUCCUAAAAAGCAUGCUAUGGGGCCGCCCAUGACAAAUUUUUCUAGAAAAAUUUGUAUAUUCUUUUUGUGUAUCUAUUUAUUUUUGCAUUACAAAUAUGACCUUGUCCUUGUUUUUUUCUGUGUGAUGUCCAUCCCACUGCACCAAGACCUGCACACCAACGUGUCGAAGGAAGCGAUGUCGACAUCGUCCAUUUCCAACUCGAACCACAGCAAGGAACCCCCGCAGCUCCAGACCCCGCCGACGAAGAGCUCCUUGCGGGCGAAGCUGAACCCGCCAACACUACGACAGUGCACAACCCCUUCUCCUCCUUUCAUCCCGCAUUUUUCAUGCAAAAUCCCAUAACCAUUUUGUGGCUCUUGGCACUGUCUGCAUGACAAGUCCUGGUAGCCCAAACAGCACUAGUACGCUCCAGUGUAAAUUUGUCAUGCAAAACCGGCAUUCUUUUUCUUGCUGAUGCUUGUACUAUUGCCGUUCAUGCUAUACAAAUCAUGAAGGGGAGGGGGAGUUUUGCACUGUCAUAAACGCCCCUGGUGAUCCAGUCCACCGAUCCGGGGACGGGCGAGACCUUCGAAAUCGUCCGCUCGCCGCCUUUAUCAAGUGCAAAAGUGUCUGGGUCUGGAAGAGUGCAAGUUUGUCAUGCUUGCCUCACAUGACUUUUAAAUUUUAAUUUGUCGUGCACAUUACCCAAGAGCGGCCGCAUUUUUCUGUCAACAUGGAGAAACGCAGCGUGUCAUGCAGAAUAAGUAGGCAACACCUAGAACAAGCUCAGAAACUUGUCAUGCUGAGCCAGCACUUGUGGCCUCGUCAUAAUACGCCACCCAGCAUCACAAGUUUCCAGACGUCCAGACAUAUUUGCAUUUCAUGGCCCUCUCUGACGUCCUACGACUUCCGUGCUGCCGGUGGGGAUCAUCUUCAGGGGGGGCAUCCUGUGUUCGUACCGGGAGGAAACGGGCUGAGAUUAGGCGUCGGUGUGGAUUCCCAAAUGCAGCAGUCACAGUUGCUGCAAAAAGAAAUGAACCAGAAAAUUAUAAACACGAACGGGACGAACAAGAUGUUGAACGGGACAAAGAUGUUGAACGUGCAACAAACGCGGGUUUCGGUGAGGACCUACCAGCAGUCGAAAACCCAUUCGAACCAGGUGGAUUUGCUAUCCUAUGUAAAAACGUCCCCACCCCAGAGUUGUCAUGCAAAUCUGCAUGCCAAAAAAGUUUCUCACGCGAAGCCACAUGAGAAGCUUUUUCUAGUCGUGUUUUGGGAUUUGUGAUGCUAUAAAAAAUAGCAUGAUAUGCUAGAUCUGUGAUGCUGCUGCUCUAAGUACUAGCUAAAGAAGGUUACACUACGAGGACAAACUUGUCAUGCGCAACAACCAAAGUUGGCUGAUUUGUCUAGCAGCUUUUCCAUCUUGACUCUGGUAAUAUAGGGACGCUUUUACUCAGGAUAUUUACGCGCGUCCGUUGCGGUCUGCCUUGGUUCCAUGCUGGCGCAUAUGGAUUGCAAAUAUCGAUCUGGGUCUGGAGGAUUUUUGCCAGGUUUGUCAUCGAAUUUUGCAUGACCCAUGAUGUCUGUAAUGCAUGCCCGAGCAUCACAGACUUUUAGAGGGCUUUGUGAAGAUACCUCUACCGUAUAGGAAAGACCCUCUCCGCGUAGCACAGUCUGGAGUCCUCUUGCUGGUCAUGCAAUACAAAUCUUGUUUAAAAUCCAGAGAGAGCAUCACAAAUUUACUACAAUCUUCCAGACUCCCAGACAUCUUUGCGUUUAAUAGAGCACGGCGGCGGGGAGUUCUUGGACUUGUGUUUGAAAUCCGCGGGGCUGACGUCCGCGCUGGCAGAGGCCUUUAUCGGGAUAAAGGGCUCGAAAAAACGGGAAAUCGCGAGGAUGGUGGCCAUAAUAGCGGCCGGGACGGCGGACCAGUGCUUUCACCUCUGCCACCCCAUUGUGAAUGAAAAGUAUUUUUCUGUAUUUUUUUGCCGAAAGCUUUAGCUUUAUUACUUCCGUUCGGAUUCUGCUACGGUGUAUAAUGCGACCCAGAAUUAUUUCCUCGCCUUGCUUCAUUCUUUUCAUUCUUUUUUGUCGGCAUGAGCGAAUGAAUGAUAGUGUCAACAUUCCUGAUGUACGACUACCGUCGUUUGGCUUUGCAGAUUUUUCCAACAUAAUUCGAAAAUCGCAGGGGCGCGAGCCAAGAUUUUUUCGAUUUAGUAUACGAGGAGAUUUCCAGCCGCCGAUCGAAUUCCAUCGUCAAAGAGUGCGUUCGGGUGUACGGCAACGCGGUAAAAACCAUGUUGUCUGCGACCGCCGAGACCCCGCAGAGGGAGCGGGACCAAACGUUUUCCCGCAGUCAGCACCAGCAAGACAUUUUGCCGCCCCCAACGACUCUGUCCAACGCACACAACCGGAGUUUUCAUCUGGAUUAUUUCGUGAGGCAGAAGAACUUUUUCACCGUCGUCCGCGACUGGUUCGAGUUCGGCGGGCAGAUUGACGACAUCGAGUUGAACUGCCUCCUCCUCGACGACUUGAUGCUGAUUUUCGACCUCGGGCAGAGACUUGCGGAAGAGGAAAUUGCGGAGAACUCGGCCGUGAUGCAGUUUGUGAACCCGACCAUCCCGACGGUCCCCUCCUUUGGCCACGCGAGCUCGCCUAUCCUGUGCAAAAGUAUCGUACUCGUAUUGCAAUCAUGCAUUACAAAUCUCCAUCUUGUUAAGGCAAAUCCGCAUUACAAAUUUUAUCUCGCAUGCUGGGGAAAUUUGUAAUGCAUUUAUACGAGUACGAUACAAUACUUUUGCAGUUCAUAUCGCCGCCGUCGCAGUCCUCCCUGACGCCGGCGUGCUCGCCGAACAUGUUCGCGGUAAAAAAGAUGUCGGCGGCGAGUCGAUAUCCUGUGCAAAAGUAUCGUACUCGUAUUGCAAUCAUGCAUUACAACUCCCUCUGCCAAGGUAAAUCCGCAUUACAAAUUUCAUUUCUCACGCUGAGGAAAUUUGUAAUGCAUUUAUACGAUUGCGAUACUUCUGCAGUUCAUAGUUGACAGCUGCAUCUCGAGGAAAUCAACCGGCAAUGGGGCAUAUCCUGUGCAAAAGUAUCGUACUCGUUGUAUUGCAAUAAUGCAUUACAAAUCUUUUUCUUAAUGUAAAUCCGCAUUACAAAUUUUAUUUCUCAUGCUAGCUAAGGAAGUUUAUAAUGCAUUUAUACGAGUACGAUGCUUUUGCAGUUCAUAGCGCACGACGAGAAGCAGCAACUGCCUAGUGUUCUCGGCCAACGAAGUGGAUGAACAUCAAGUAGAGCAACAUCUUCAACCUGGUGCCCCCGGAGCUGCGUCAUCUUCGAUGUUGGCCGCGGGCACCACGAAUACGUCGGGGUGUGCAGGAGCGGUGGAUAUUGCAAUGAGCAGCAACAUAAUUUUUAACCAAGUAGAACAUAUCACCGCCGCAUCUUCUUCUUCUUCGGGUAGUAGUUGCUCUGGUGCCACAUCAACAGCUUCCGGAAUAAUUACCGCCGGAACAAUUGACGCCGCCGCUGCGGCCAUCCCCGGUUUUGGAAACGGCAAAGGUGGAACUACUACUACUACUACACCGAGCGGCCACGACGAAGCGUCGAACAAUCAAGUAGACCCGAACAACGCCAUGAUUUUCGACUUUGAACCGACCUCCCACUCCCAGCACGAACAAUUGAUGAACAACGCCUACGUGCUGCUCGCCGAGGAGGCCGGGAUUGAGCAGGUCCUGCGCAACCUCGCGGACCGGUUCGCCUCCCGGAAGGGGCCGAACGAGGUGGACCGCAAAGUGGACCGGUUGUUGCAAAUGUAUCCACAAGAAAAGAAGCAUCCCCAUCCAAUUUGUCAUGCAGAACGUGCAUAGAUUCCGCUAUUUGUCAUGCAAAAAAUGGGUGGGGAUAAGUGUUUUUCCCUGGAUAAAAUGUACUUUGACAACACAAGUCCCGUGGACGUCGACGGCUUUGGAAACUUCGCCGGGUGUCGUACACACUUCGACUUUGAGUGAAUUAUAGUGAAGGCGAAAUCAAAUGCAGCUUGCUUGGUGCUGUACCGAAGCAUGAAAUUACUUAUUUAUACAAAUGGGGCGUCACGAGAGCACGCUGGUAUUCUUGACUUGUAAUUCCCAAUUCAAAUGUACAAUUAGGUUUAGAUGGUAGAUGUUUCAGCACCAUAACAUUCAAAACGUACAUGCACCAAUGAAGAUCAUCAUCAUCAGCGAAGCGGCCCUGUCUUAAUUUAUGAACCUUUAGUUGUAUCGCUAGGCUACCGUAUGACCAUGAGGCGCGAACAAUUCUCUCACUGACUGCAAAUUACAAAAAUGAACCGGUUUAUACUUUAAGCUAUCAUCAUCAUCUCCUUAAUGCGAAUAAAUCGAUAUCCAAAAUGAAAUUUAUUACAAUCUAGUCCAGUCGGACGAUGCACUACCGCACUUUUUGUACCAAAACGAAUUUUUAAGAUUUGACUUCCUUGUAGAUUUUGUCGUUUGUUGUAUGAUGUCAGGGUUAGCAGAAGUUGCAUUACCAGAGCCGUACACCUCCAGAGAAGAUAGACUACAAAUAAUCUCCAAGGCAACAAGAGGACCAGAGCAGAAAAGACUGUGGAGCGUUCAUAUGCCCAACUUGUCCCAUGUGACAAUCUCAAGUGCAGUUUCAAACGUCAAGGCGAGUAAGCACACAAAAACCGAACAAGAAAGCGAAAA